ACCCGAAUUCAAUUCAAUCAAGCAAUUCAAUCAAGCAAGCAGAAGCCAGCGGUGUUGGAAAAAACUCAACUUUUCUCCUCUUUUUGAAAAGUUCCGAUUUUUGGGCACCAUCUGGACUCUCUUGCUCACUCUGAAUCCCUCUCGGUUCCAGCUUGCUCAAUUCUACUGCUCAUUCUCAUCAAAUUCUGCAAAUUUUCGCUUUUUAUUCGAUUUUUUUUAGGUUAAUUUCGUGCCAGCGUCGAGUUUCUAGGGCUUUGGAAACGAAAUGAGAUUUGGCUUCGGUGUAAUUCUCUCACUUCAGGUAAAAUUAUAUUAGUGUGGAAAAGUUCCGGGCAAGGGUAUGGGGUGCUUAGUAUCGACUUCAAGAGAUACAGGUGGGUUCAGAAGAAGGCCUAGAAAUGUUGGGGAAUUGGCUGUUUUUGUGCCAGGGCUGCGAAUCCCUAGAAGUGUGGAUUUCUCUUUGUCAUUGGGUAAUAGUUUGUCAAAGAGUUUAAUCGAUCGUCUCUCAUCUCUGAGGACUAGAAUAGUUGUCAUGGCCGCUCAAGAGGCACCAGUAGCAAUAAAACCAAGGCGGAGAACAGCUACUCAACAUGGAGGUUCAACAUUAGCUGAUCUUCUGCAAGCUCUUGAAGACUACUUACCAAUUCUUUUGGGAUUGGUUAAGGAUGGAAGUGAAUUAACAAACAAGGUGCAGUUCGUUUGGGUCAACCAAGAGGAUGAUGCAGAGGAAACAGGCAUAUCAAAUGCUUGGUACGAGGUGCUUUCAGUUCUACAUUUGUUGGCUAUGCUGUGUUUCUCUGACGCAAACUCAUCGCUUCUUCCUAAACCAUCAGCUGAUGGUUAUCAGCCAAAGGUACUUGAAGCAAGCAGACGUGUUGCAGUUGAUGCUUUAUUAAAAGCAGCAGGAUAUCUGGAUUGUGCAACUCGGCAUGUUCUUCCACAAAUCCCUCCUGCAAUCAGGGAGGUUCUUCCAAUAGAUUUACAAGAAGGAAAACUGCAAGCUUUUUGCAUGCAGGCAUUGGGGCAGGGCAUUGAUAUUCAACUUGGGAUGGCAAUUGACAGUCCAAAGGCCACAUUAGCAGUGAAAAGAAGAUUGGCAUGUGAGAUGUUUAAGUGCUGGCAACAGGCACAAGAUAGCAUCACAAGGCUUCCUAUCUCCGAUGGUUGGGCAGAAAAACAUCGGGCUUUUAUUAAAUGGAAAUAUGUCGAGGCUAAGGCUGCUGCCUAUUAUUAUCAUGGCAUGAUCCUUGAUGAGGGGAAUACAGAAAGAUCCCAUGGAAUGGCGGUUGCCGCAUUGCAAGCAGCAGAGGAGUUUCUUAAAGAAAGCAAAAAAUCAUGCGAAGCUUUCAACUCCAUGCCUCCUACAUCGAGGAAUCCACCCCUCUGGGGGUCAAUGAAGUAUCUUUCUGAGAAAAUCCCCAAAGAUGCUUCAAGCAAGGUUCACAUCAACAAAGACCUGUACAAUCAUGAACGGAUCUUAGAGAAAACACCGGCACUGCCUGAUUUUGCUGUUGCUCUUAAACCUGAUGAUUACCAACUUCCAGCAUUGGAUCCUUCAUGGAAUGCAGAGGAAAACCAACCGUACAAAGCCCAGAGAAUAUGAUACAUUGAAGGAUCCAGCAUUAGUCUUUACAAUGAGUGCAGUAGUUUGAUGUGAAUUCUAUUUAUUUUUCUUUACACGUUAUUCUCGUCGUAUAUUCCUUUGGUUGCUGGAGAGUUUUGUUGUGUACAAGAUUUUUAUGUUGCAUGUAAAAUUCAA